AUGGAUUUGGAGAGUGAAAGCUCUGCUCUUGAGUCUGUUGAAGAUAGUGGCUUGAGUUGUGAAGUUGAGACUCUUGGUGAUAAAGUAGUAGUAGAAGAAGCUAAGGAUGAAAUGAGUAUUAAACCGUCAAAGUCACCAGUUGAGACUUCUCCUCCCCUGUCAAAGGGAUAUGGUUUACGGAAAUGGAGGAGGAGGAGGAGGAUAAGGAGAGAUCUUGCUAAGGAUGAUACAUCUGUGAACAUGGACACCAGUAAAGUUAUGAAGAGGGUAUUGUCGGGAGCAGCUGAUCCUCAAGCUAAACAAAUCCAUUUUCCGGGACCUGAUGUCAGUCAAGACAGUCUUGGUUCGGUUGGCUCGGUGAAUAACAUGGGUGGUUUUGCAGUAGGUGGGUCUAGUCAUGGUCCUGGUCUUGCUUUUUCAGCUCGUGUGGAUUCGGAUAACAGCGAGGAUCGGAGUAGCAAGUCGUCGACUGCAGCCAGCGGUCCCAAGGUUAGGUACGAGAGGACAAUGAGUCGUUCUUGGGAGAAGCAGAGAGGAAAGUGUUUGGGUGGGAAGAGUAUUGUAGAAAAGAGUAAGAAACUUAGAGGAGAAAAGAUCAAAAUCGACAAGGCAAACUCUCAUUCCAGUAUGGAAUCUGCUGACUCAAGAAGCUCCAACUUUGUGUUUAUGCAGGGUGCUUCCAGUAGUUUAAGCAGCAGAGAACAGGGCGGGAGAAGAAUGAUGGAUUACGACGAAGAAAACAGUGAUCACGAGGCACAUACUUCGAACCAUAAAGGUAACGCUAGAGAAGAAGCAGAAGAAGAAGGAACUGGAGAUUAUUCACAAGGAGACUCUGUGGAAGAAUCCGAGAUCAAGAACAAUGGCUCCUCACACAAUCUGGAUCCAUUAACUGAGGCCUUCAACAGCUUCCACAAUUUGCAGGAAGCCCUCGAAAAAGAACUUCAAAAAUUUCAAGAGCUUGGGAAGGAACCUAUAUCAGUACACGCGGGACAUGAACGAGCUGGUGAAGCAAGUUCUUCUCGCCUGUUCGGGUCUGAAGAUAUGGGAGAAUUGGGAUUAACUUCUUUAGAUUCCGAGAUACUAAACCUGGUGAACAAUGUAGAGCAUCUCGAGAUCAAACAAGAAGAGACAAAGUGUAUCCUCCAAAUGAAAGAAUCACAGAUCCGCGGGCUCGAAUCCAACAUAAACGUUUCAGAGCUGCGUAAUCGAGGAGCAGAGAUCGAUAUCGAAGACAUUUUCCAGCAAAAGAUGGAGGCAGAGAUCGAAUAUCUUGUAUUCUCAAGAUCAGUGGAAAACCUAAAGACACGGCUCAAACUGAUUGAAGAAGAGAAGACAUUGACUGAGAAUGAAGCUCAUAAGACGCUGGCAAAGCUUGGUGAAGCAGAAACCAAAGCUGAGAAUCUAAAGAAUCAAGCUCAAGAUUUGCAAAACCAUUGUGUAGAGAUCACAGAGAUCCAAGAAGUGAAGAGUUUCAAGAAAAGAGUGUAUAAGACCACUUCAUGUCUUCUCCUACAGUUAGGCUUGCUGUUUAUACUGUUUAAUUUCCUGUUAAUGCCAGAGUCACAGACUGUUGUUGUUCCCACAUGA